AUGGAGCCAACUAACCGUUCUCUGACUCACCUUGACACCAUGCCGGACGACAUGUUGCGCCUCAUCAUCUCAAAAGUCGGUGCUGCGUCGUCCACCGAUUACUGCAACGCCGUGCUUACUUGCAAGAGUCUGAACUUUGGUUUAGAUGAUCCCUUGAUCGCCAAGACCCUCAGCAUCGCCCCUUUGGUGGAGAGGCCUUAUCUAGCUAACGGGUAUGAAAAAAUGAUGGAGAGCCUUUUGGCAGCCAACAACCUUGAUGCGCAUUACGUUAAGGGUAUGCGUGAGUACUUUUAUUUUGAUAAUCACUUUUUGAGACUCCAUCACCUUCAUCUUGCCUCUAAAGGGUAUGAAAAAAUGAUGAUGCCAUCACCAUCAGUCAACUUCGUAAGUAUCUUUUUGCCCUUCUCGAUUAUUCCCAAGGCCAUGAGAAGACCACCGUAA